UAGAUUGAUAUAUGAAGAUAUGGAGCUGUACUGACAUUCAUAUGGAAUCACAUCACCAGAGGCUCCUGACAACAUGCAGCUAUAUUACUAAUAAUAAAAUGUACACAUUCGUCUAACAUCCGAAUACGUUCUAUUUUCAUUCGGCAUAACUAGACUGUCUUCCAACUUAACCUAAAGCCAUGUUGUGAUAUUGUUUACUAUCGUUUGCUAAACUUUGCUAACCAAAACAACAGCUACAGCAAUAAUAUCCUGUUUAAAUUUGCCCGAAUUUAUGGUAACGAGAUGAUGCUUCAUGGUCGAUCUGAACAACAUAAUUGUGUGGGAGGUGUGGUGGCGGGGGGUAUAACAGUACUCCUCCUUUUAUCAGCAGUAUUCGUAAACAUGUUCAUUUUUAAUGACAAAAGCGCAUACCGGCUGCAGUGGGUGACAGCUACGGAAGCCCAAAGGCGUAGUUUCCAAACAUUUAUCCCCGCAAGUAGAGGUUGCUUAUAAGAUCGCUUGGAUUCAGGCCUUGUAUGUUAGAGGGUUCAAAUGGCCUUACAUUCCAAAAACAUACAUUCCAACAAGACUGAUGGACUAAUUGGAGACACAAACUAAAAUAACAUCUCCCUUUAUGAGCAUGGCAUCAGGGGGCGAAGGCCUGCCAUCAACCCCUCCCCGACACACAAACAGGCUAUCCAAAGAGAGGUCACCCUACCUGCUACAACAUGCACACAACCCAGUUGACUGGUAUCCAUGGGGACCUGAUGCCUUCAACAAGGCACGAAAUGAAGACAAACCAAUCUUUUUAUCAGUGGGAUACUCAACAUGCCACUGGUGCCAUGUUAUGGAGCGGGAGUCUUUCGAGGAUGAGGAAAUUGGCAAAAUCCUCAAUGACAACUUUGUCUGCAUCAAAGUAGACCGAGAAGAGAGACCAGAUGUCGACAAGGUGUACAUGACCUUCGUACAGGCAACAAGUGGAGGUGGAGGAUGGCCCAUGAGUGUUUGGUUAACUCCUGACCUCCGUCCUUUUAUUGGAGGCACCUACUUUCCACCCAGAGACCAUGGAAGAAGACCUGGCUUUAAGACAGUCCUCUUCAGAAUCAUGGAACAGUGGCAGAAUAACCGUUCUAACCUGGAGUCCAGUGGGAACAGGAUCCUUGAAGCUCUGAAAAAAGGCACAGCUGUGGCUGCAAACCCAGGUGAGAGUCCUCCCUUGGCCCCCGAUGUGGCUUAUCGUUGCUUCCAGCAGCUGGUCCGCUCUUACGAAGAAGAGUACGGAGGCUUCAGAGAUGCUCCCAAGUUCCCCACGCCAGUGAACCUGAUGUUUCUGAUGUCUUACUGGUCUGUAAAUCGCUCCACUUCAGAGGGUGUUGAGGCUCUCCAGAUGGCUAUGCAUACUCUCCGCAUGAUGGCGCUGGGUGGCAUCCAUGACCAUAUUGCGCAGGGUUUUCAUCGUUACUCUACAGAUUCUUCUUGGCAUGUUCCCCACUUUGAAAAGAUGUUGUACGACCAGGCCCAGCUUGCUGUUGCCUACAUAACUGCCUUCCAGGUAUCAGGUGAGCAGUUUUUUGCAGAUGUGGCCAAAGACAUACUGCUUUACGUCUCCAGAGACCUGAGUGACCAGUCUGGAGGCUUCUACAGUGCAGAGGAUGCAGACUCUAUCCCAUCAUCAGGGGGCUCGGAAAAGCGUGAGGGAGCUUUUUGCGUUUGGACAGCCUCGGAGGUUCGGCAGCUUUUGGGAGAUGUGGUGGAGGGUGCCAAUGGCUCUGCAACACUGGGAGAUAUUUUCAUGCACCACUAUGGGGUGAAGGAGCUUGGCAAUGUUGCACCCGAGCAGGACCCUCAUGAGGAGCUGCAGGGCCAGAAUGUGCUGAUUGUGCGGUAUUCUGCUGAGUUAACAGCUGCACGCUUUGGCAUUACCGUGGAGAUGGUCAAUGAGCUUUUGGCUUCGGCCAGAGCCAAAAUGGCAGAAGUGAGGAAGCUUCGACCACGACCACAUCUGGACACCAAGAUGCUGGCCUCCUGGAAUGGUCUCAUGCUGUCAGCCUAUGCUCGUGUCGGAGCUGUGCUUGGGGACAAGGCCCUGCUAGAGAGGGCGGUGCAGGCUGGCCACUUUCUUAAAGAGCAUCUGUGGGAUGUAGGGAUGCAGACCAUUCUGCGAUCCUGUUACCGUGGAGACCAGAUGGAGGUGCAGCAGAUCUCACUGCCUAUUUCUGGCUUCCUGGAUGAUUACACCUUUGUUAUUUGCGGCUUGCUGGACCUAUAUGAGGCCACACUGCAGACGGAGUGGCUGCAGUGGGCCGAAGAGCUGCAGCUCAGGCAGGAUGCACUGUUCUGGGACGCGCUGGGUGGAGGCUACUUCUGCAGCGAUCCCAGUGACGGCACUGUUCUCCUGCAACUUAAAGAAGAUCAGGAUGGUGCAGAGCCUAGCGCCAACUCUGUUUCAGCUUCCAGUCUCUUACGUUUGUCCCAGUACACUGGAAGACAGGAAUGGCUCCAGCGGUCCCAACAGCUGCUGACAGCCUUCUCUGACCGUCUUACCAAUGUUCCCAUUGCCCUACCUGAGAUGGUCCGGGCUCUUAUGGCACAGCACUACACGCUCAAGCAGAUCGUGAUAUGUGGCCAAAGGGAUUCCCCGGAUACCAAAAGUCUUUUAGAAGCAGUCAACUCUCUCUUCUUACCACACAAGGUGUUGAUGCUUUUAGACGGCAAUGCAGACAGUUUCCUCUGCCAGCGUCUGCCUGCACUCUCUUCCAUGACCCAGCAAGGUGGGGUGGCCACCGCCUACGUAUGCCAGGACUUCACCUGCUCACUGCCUGUUACAGACCCCCAGGAACUUCGCAGGCUUCUACUGGACGGACAUGUGGGAAUGCAGGCAGAAUAAUCAGUUGAAACAUUUCAUGACUUGACUAAAGCAGCUUUAAAUACUGAAAUUAUGAGCAGGUGUAGCUUCUUUUGCUGUCUGUAGCAAGUUAAAUUUGAUUUAGCCAUUAAAUGUCCCAUUCAGUUUUGGGGGUUUUUUUAGCCACAAGAUUAGAUUAUCUAUACCGUGGUAAUUAUUCCACUUCAUUAAUUCCUCAAAUAUCAGCUUCAAGUUAGAAGCCAUAUAAAGUCAUUUCGGUAUACAGAGUCUGAAAAACAAAAACAAAGAGCUACAGCGUCAGCUCAUUCUGCAUAUGUAGCGCUUGUGCAAAAUGGCCUUUUGUGCUGUGUGAUGUGUUUGCUCAGGGGGAAGCAACACACUUUUAAUAGAUCUUAACCUAAGGUUGAACCAAGAUUUUUUUUCCUCUCCAAGCCCCUUCCUCUAGCGCCCACGUCGCAUGGAUCUGACAAGGGUUGCCUUCACGCCGGUGUGUGUGUGCAUGCAUAUUUGUGUGCAUCCAUUUUUAAAAGUUCAUCGUAUGUAUGUGCGUUUGACUUCAUCUGUAAUCAUGUCACAGUGAGCGAGCUUCUCUCUAAUGAGAUGCCCUGUUACCAUCUGCUCUUGCUCACUUUGCUGCAAUUUUGAACUCAACGCUGCUGUGCGAGGUGAACCUUUUACAUUAAUGCAGAUAGACAGCAUAUUUAUACAUGUCUAAGGCCAACACUAGCUUUGUUGCUUUACCACAGUAGUCAUUUCGACAUCAUUUAA